AAUCUGGCAAAUUGCAGUGUUCUUACCACUGAGUACGAGCCGCAUCCUCNNGAUACCAUGAAAGCGGCUCAGUGGAUGGGGACGAAGAUAAUCGAGGUUCGCGUCGUGCCUAAGUCAAUCGUCACUGCGAGGCNNGACGCCAUUGUCCGCAUCACUCAUUGUACCAUCUGCGGCUCUAAUUUCCACAUUUACGUUGGCGAGCUCAAUUCGGCCAUGCAGAAAGGUGAUAUUAUGGGUCAUGAGGCUAUUGGAAUUGUCGAAGACAUCGGCUCAGACGUUACCAAGCUCAAUAGAGGUGACGGGGUUUUAAGCCUCCCGGUCAUCGCUUGUGGAGAAUGCUUUUACCGCCAACGACAGGAGGUGCUCUUUAGAUGGAAGGCAUGUGAGGACAUCGGCUCUNNGCUAUCUUUGGCUAUUCUCAUCCUACUGGAGGAUAUCCUGGAGACCAAGCAGAAUGUCGCCCUUGCCGACGUUACGCCCACAGCAUGGAAAGGUUGUGAACUUGCCGAGGUUUCAAAGGGAGACGUCGUUGGCGUCUGGGGCUGUGGCGCGAUUGGACUCUUGAUCCAGGUAUCGUCCAUCUUCCGUGGUGCGAAGAAAGUUUAUGCGAUGGACAAGGAUCCUCCCCCCAUCCCUGCUGACAUUAAUGAGCAUUCAGACGACGUCGAGUACCUCCUCUCUAUAGAGCCCCACGGGCUAGACAGAGGUAUUGAAGCCAGCGGCUUCCGAAACGAGACCUCUGCUGCUCACNUGAUGAUGCGCAAGGUUGGCCUUGAAGGCGAUCAAGGGGAUACCGUCACUUCCAUUAUCAGAUCCACCAGAAAGUGUGGCAACAUCGCCCUCAUCGGUGACAUCUUCUACAACACAAAUCAAUUCCAUAUCGGUACGCUGAUGGAGAAGACUAUCACUCUACGUGGCGGCCAACUCAUGGCACAAAAGGUAGUUCCUCGAUUAUUCAUUAGCAUAGGAUCGACUGACGUUUCCUAUACAGUACUUUCCCUAACCCCUCGAUACCGUAGUCAGGGAGAGUACAAUCCAUCAUUUGUCAUGACCCAUACGGACAAGUUCGGAAAUAUCAUCGAAGACUACGCGCUCUUCAACGAGCACAGGAUACCUGGCGGUUUGAGAGUAUGUUUGGCCACCGAGUUUGGUAUAUCCCUUGAGCUGUCUAUUUAA